CCCACCAUUAAUUUAGCCUGCAACUUUUCUCUCAGUUUCUCCCCCAGGAAAAAAAAGGAAAAACAACAUCUACAGCUGUUUUCCUCCACUUUCUCUCUCUACCCUUUUUCUCUUUCUAGCUCUGCAGAAGUAUAGAAUAAAGUGGGGUGAGGCAAAGAAUACCAAGCCAAGAAAAAAAGGCCAUUGCUUUGUGUAGAUUGCAGGGGGAUAUUGGGGAUGGUGGCCAUGGGUUCCAAGCUUGGAAUGUGGGAGGGGUUGAGGGCCAAAACGGUGUCGUUUUUGGUGGUGGUGGUGGUGGUGGUGUUGAGCUCAUUGGUUUGUUGGGUUACAGCCUCUGUAUCCUACGACCGGAGGGCUAUUGUUAUUAAUGGGCAGAGGAGGAUACUCAUUUCUGGAUCCAUUCACUACCCAAGAAGCUCUCCUGAGAUGUGGCCUGAUCUUAUACAGAAGGCCAAAGAAGGAGGCUUGGAUGUAAUCCAAACAUAUGUUUUCUGGAACGGGCAUGAACCUUCACAGGGAAAAUAUUAUUUUGAGGGGAGGUAUGAUCUGGUAAGAUUCAUCAAGCUGGUGAAGCAAGCAGGCCUUUAUGUUCAUCUCAGGAUUGGCCCUUAUGUUUGUGCUGAGUGGAACUUUGGGGGUUUCCCUGUUUGGCUGAAAUAUGUUCCAGGUAUCAAUUUCAGGACAAAUAAUGAGCCUUUCAAGUGGCAUAUGCAAAGAUUUACAAAGAAGAUUGUGGAUAUGAUGAAAUCCGAAGGGUUGUUUGAAUCUCAGGGUGGUCCAAUAAUACUAUCCCAAAUUGAGAAUGAAUAUGGGCCCCUGGAGUAUGAGAUUGGAGCCCCUGGUCGAGCUUACACUGAAUGGGCGGCCAAAAUGGCUGUGGGGCUCGGCACUGGCGUCCCAUGGGUCAUGUGCAAGCAAGAUGAUGCCCCCGAUCCGAUCAUCAACACCUGCAAUGGUUUCUAUUGCGACUACUUCUCCCCGAACAAGGCCUAUAAGCCCAAGAUGUGGACUGAAGCCUGGACUGGCUGGUUUACCGAGUUUGGAGGUGCUGUUCCUCACAGACCUGCUGAAGACUUGGCGUUUUCGGUUGCAAGGUUUAUACAGAAGGGAGGAUCAUUCAUUAAUUAUUAUAUGUACCAUGGAGGAACAAAUUUUGGCAGGACUGCUGGUGGUCCUUUCAUUGCCACUAGCUAUGAUUAUGAUGCUCCUCUCGAUGAAUUCGGAUUACUGAGGCAACCUAAAUGGGGCCACUUGAAAGAUCUUCAUAGAGCCAUCAAGCUUUGCGAACCAGCAUUAGUUUCUGGAGAUCCCACUGUGACACCACUUGGAAAUUAUGAAGAGGCUCAUGUUUUCCAUUCAAAGUCUGGUGCUUGUGCUGCAUUCCUUGCAAAUUACAACCCGAGAUCCUAUGCAAAAGUGUCUUUUAGGAAUAUGCAUUACAAUCUGCCUCCUUGGUCUAUCAGCAUUCUUCCUGAUUGCAAGAACACUGUUUAUAACACUGCAAGGUUAGGGGCUCAAAGUGCAACAAUGAAGAUGACUCCUGUUAGUGGAAGAUUCGGAUGGCAGUCGUACAAUGAAGAAACGGCUUCUUAUGAUGACAGUUCUUUUACAGCAGUUGGAUUGUUAGAGCAGAUAAAUACAACCCGAGAUGUCUCUGAUUACUUGUGGUACUCCACAGAUGUCAAGAUUGGUUACAAUGAAGGGUUUUUAAAGAGUGGAAGGUAUCCUGUGCUUACGGUCUUAUCGGCUGGCCAUGCUUUGCAUGUUUUCAUUAACGGUCGACUGUCAGGAACUGCCUAUGGAAGUCUGGAGAACCCAAAACUAACCUUCAGUCAGGGUGUGAAGCUGAGAGCUGGUGUUAACACGAUUGCACUACUCAGCAUUGCUGUUGGUCUCCCGAAUGUUGGUCCCCAUUUUGAGACGUGGAAUGCUGGUGUUCUUGGUCCGGUUUCAUUGAAUGGUCUCAAUGAGGGAAGGAGAGACUUGUCUUGGCAGAAAUGGUCUUACAAGGUUGGUCUAAAAGGAGAAGCUCUGAGUCUUCAUUCACUUAGUGGGAGUUCCUCUGUUGAGUGGGUAGAAGGGUCUUUGAUGGCUCGGGGGCAACCUCUGACAUGGUACAAAACUACUUUCAAUGCCCCGGGUGGAAAUACACCAUUGGCUUUAGACAUGGGCAGUAUGGGUAAAGGUCAAAUAUGGAUAAAUGGACAGAACGUGGGACGAUACUGGCCUGCAUAUAAAGCUACUGGUGGUUGUGGUGAUUGUAACUAUGCUGGAACAUACAGUGAGAAGAAAUGCUUAAGCAACUGUGGAGAACCUUCCCAAAGAUGGUAUCAUGUUCCUCAUUCAUGGUUGAGCCCAACAGGGAAUUUAUUGGUUGUGUUUGAAGAAUCGGGUGGAAAUCCUGCUGGGAUCUCUUUGGUUGAAAGAGAAAUCGAAAGUGUAUGUGCUGAUAUAUAUGAAUGGCAGCCAACUCUUAUGAAUUACGAGAUGCAAGCCUCUGGUAAAGUCAAUAAGCCCCUGAGACCUAAGGCCCAUUUAUGGUGUGCUCCUGGGCAGAAAAUCUCAUCAAUCAAGUUUGCUAGUUUUGGAACACCAGAAGGAGUUUGUGGGAGUUACCGUGAAGGAAGCUGCCAUGCCCACAAGUCAUAUGAUGCAUUUGAACGGAGCUGCAUUGGGAUGAACUCUUGCUCUGUAACUGUGGCACCUGAAAUAUUUGGAGGAGAUCCAUGUCCAAGUGUCAUGAAGAAACUCUCUGUGGAAGCCAUUUGCAGCUGAUAGUAACCUGCAGUAUCUGAAGAACGCGAAAUAAAGAAGGGUUGAAGAAAAUUUUUAACACUUAGGUACAGUAUUUUGAGAUCAAACAACUAGUAUUAUUUAAGCUUAUUAUACGUCCAAGAUCGCCGCAACCAUUUGUUUUGGCUUUGACCAGGGUGAAGUUGUACAAACUCAUGCAACACACCAUCUGGCUAGAAGCCAGUAUAGAUUGUGAAGAUGAUUGGGGGGAUAAAAAAAUAUGUAUAUAGAUGAUUAGCCUUUGUCUGUGCCCUACUUGUUAUAGAAAAUUGGAAGAUGGGAGGGAGGGGUGUUAUUAGAAGCACAUUGAGAUGAUGAUACUGAUUUUGUCCAUGUGCCAGUAUUGUAAUGGUAGAAGAUGGAAAAUUUUCGGUUUCCUGUGAUUUUCAAUGUUUUGUAUUGUCUGCAACUUCCUGGGGGAGCAAUUGUUUCAUUUGCUUUUCUUCAACUUCAAUAAUAAUAUCAAGUUAUCAGUGUCUCAAGU